AGUACUGGUACUGUACUGUACUGGUACUGGUGGUGUUUGGUGCCUGCCUUGGCCGCCUCCUCCUCCUGGGCAGUGGCCACCUUCCCCUCCUCCUCCCCCUCCCUCGCGCUGCUCUUCCCUACACCCUCCCUGGCUCCCUCCCUCCCCACAUGGGCCCGCGGUUGCUCAUGGCGUGCUACCCGAAUGGCGGUCAGGCUCCCUCCUUUUCAGCCGCUCUAGGGGCUUCUUGCGGGUGCGGCUCCGCGACUGCUGAACCGAGGUGGCUGUGAUCCCCUUGCUUCUGCGGCAGCUCUGGCUAGGAGCUUGUGCGCGCGCGUGGCUUCAGGCGACGGCGAGAUGCGGCGUCUUGCUUGCGCGGUGGCGCUGCUUCUCGCUUCCCUUCUUGGAUCCACAGGUACUGAUCUGGCGCCUGCUCCCGGGGUUGGUAGUUCGCCUGUCGAUCAAGGACAAGCUUCCAGUCCUCCUGGACCUUCCUCCGCCCUCGGUCCAGUGACUCUUCCAGCAGCACCCCCUACUUCAUCAGCAAGUCCUCCCCUCCAGAAGGGGGCAGUUCCGGCUGAGCCGCAGGCCGCACCGGCUCCGGUAGUCCCCCCUAAAGGUUACAACGCGCCUCCUCCGAUUGAGUCUGCGUCGCCUCCAGUAGUGUCCACGUCUCCUCCAGCUGAGUCUGCACCUCCUCCAGUUGAGUCUGCGUUGCCUCCAGUAGUGUCCACGUCUCCUCCAGCUGAGUCUGCGCCUCCUCCGGUUGUGUCUGUGCCUCCUCCGGUUGAGCCUGCUCCUCCUCCUGCUGUCACUGAGGAGGUGCCCCCGGCAGCAGCUCCUCCGCCGCAAGCUGCAGCUGGAAACCCCACACCAAUACUUCCUGGGUCACCUGCAUUGCUACCUUCAGUUCAGGCUCCUACUCCAUCUGUGGCUGUGAAGCCUAAUCUGCCACUACCACCGCCUGCUUCGCUACCUUCAGUUCAGGCUCCGACUCCAUCUGUGGCUGUGAAGCCUAAUGUGCCACUGGCACCUCCUCCUUCACUACCUUCAACUCAGGCUCCUACUCCAUCUGUGGCUGUGAAGCCUAAUGUGCCACUAGUGCCUCCUGCUUCACUACCUUCAGUUCAGGCUCCAACUCCAUCUGUGGCUGUGAAGCCUAAUGUGCCACUAGUGCCUCCUCCUUCACUAUCUUCAGUUCAAGCUCCUGCUCCAUCUGUGGCUGUGAAGCCUAAUGUGCCACUAGCGCCUCCGCCUUCUGUGAACAAUCAACCAGGUACACCAAUUGGAUCAGGUAAUGAUGUCCCUCCGUAUCCACCACCUGAAGGCAUUUUCCCGGCAGUUCCUCCUUCCGCUUCAGUAGUUCCUCCGCAACAUGUGAAACCUCCAAUUUCACCACCUAUUAUCGCACAUGCACCUCAACAACAAGCACAAGCUCCAAAUGCUGAGCAUAACAAUAGAAACACGGCACCCCCAGCAAAUACUUCCCCUCCUGCAAGUGGUAAGAACCAUGACAUUCAACGUGCAUCUCCACCAAAGGAACCUAGUACUGCACCGGUUCACAAAUCACCAACUAGAGGGUUUGCGCCUGCAGCAAGUCCUCUGCCCCACAACACAAAUAUGCCUACACUCCCGAGGAAUGCAUCAACGGUUCCACAUGCUCAACCCCCAUCGUUAGGGGUAGCUCCUAAGCCAGCACCCACUGGCAGAUCUCAUCCUCCGACACCAACGAAAGGAGAACGCCCAUCAUUUUCCCCAUCUUACCCACCACCCCAUGCUCAAGGUCCCGAUGUCUCGCGAGCUCAACCUCCACAGCAGGUUGGGGCUAAAAGGCAAAAUCAUCAUGCACCUCCACCGAUGAUUCAAGGCCAUCCAAACCUCCAUGUGCAUCCUCCAUCUCCUCCACCAGUGUCACCAAAGGGCCCCUCUAAUGGCAGCAAAGGACCUCGUGUUUCUCCUACUCUUCCACCAAUUCCUCCUGAAACAGAUCCCAGAGCACCAUCAACUCAUCCUAUUUGGGCAUUGCCCCCACCACCACCUAAUUUAGAUUGCAAAUUGUUAGUGUGCCCAGAGCCUCUAACGGAUCCACCCGCGGGAGCUCCAUGUGCUUGUGUUCUACCAAUUAAAGUUGGAAUCCGUUUAAGUGUGGACCUUUAUUCAUUCUUUCCGUUAGUUUCGGAUUUUGCUGACGAAGUGGGAUCUGGGGUAAACAUGGCACGGCGGCAGGUUCGUGUUAUGGGUGCAAAUGUGGCUGGCGAUCAACCUGACAAGACAGUAGUUCUUGUGCAUCUGGUACCAAUGCAUGUGAAUUUUGAUAAAGCUACUGCCUUGUCGACAUUUCAAAGCUUGUGGAGCAAAAAGAUUUCUCUCAAACCGUCAGUUUUCGGGGACUAUGAGAUUCUCUAUGUUGUCUAUCCAGGGCUUCCUCCUUCUCCGCCUUCAGCACCAGCUGGUGCAUUCGGCAACAGCAGAAAUGCAAGGGCAAUGAAGCCCCUGGGGGUUGAUGUAGGAAGACCCAAAAGAAAAGUGAAUGGGAGCGUAAUUGCUAUUGCUGUUCUAUCCACUGUUAUAGCAUUGAUUAUUUGCACUGUGGCUGCAUGGUUGCUGAUACUCAGAUUCAGGGAUUCAGAUGACAUGGCUCAAGGAUAUCCACAUAGUGCAAUUCCAAAAAUUUCCAGGUCUUCCGGGACAUGUAACACACUUUUAGCUGGUCGCCGUAGUACUCAAUCAGGUCCAUCAAGUUCACUGGGGUCAAGUAUGGCAGCAUACGCAGGGCAGGCAAAGACAUUCAAAUUUGCUGAGAUAGAAAAGGCUACAAAUGGCUUUGACGAUUCGUCGAUACUUGGGGAAGGUGGCUUCGGAUGUGUGUACCAAGGGACACUUGAAGAUGGAACCACAGUUGCAGUAAAGGUUCUGAAAAGAUUUGAUGGCCAAGGUGAACGAGAGUUCUUGGCAGAGGUUGAGAUGCUGGGACGCUUGCAUCACCGAAAUUUGGUCAAGUUGUUAGGCAUAUGCGUGGAGGAGAAUGCACGGUGUCUGGUAUAUGAACUUAUUCCAAAUGGCAGCGUUGAGUCCCAUUUGCAUGGAGCCGACCGCGAGAUAGCUCCACUUGAUUGGAAUGCACGUAUGAAGAUAGCCCUGGGGGCAGGGCGGGCACUAGCAUAUCUACAUGAAGACUCAAGCCCUUGUGUGAUUCAUCGUGAUUUCAAGUCAAGCAACAUACUGCUAGAGCAUGAUUUCACACCAAAAGUUUCAGACUUUGGACUGGCCAGGACUGCGAGGGGGGAGGGGAACCAGCACAUCUCCACCCGCGUCAUGGGAACAUUCGGUUAUGUUGCACCGGAGUACGCCAUGACGGGCCAUCUUCUUGUCAAGAGUGAUGUAUACAGCUAUGGAGUCGUAUUACUUGAACUUCUCACAGGUAGGAAGCCUGUGGACAUGUCUCAGCCUGCAGGCCAAGAAAGCCUAGUCGCAUGGGCUCGCCCAUAUCUGACAAAUGUGGUGGGCUUGCGUCAAGCUGUUGAUCCACUUCUUGGCCCUAAUGUGCCACUGGACAACGUGGCAAAAGCAGCUGCCAUCGCAUCCAUGUGUGUACAGCCUGAGGUUGCACACCGACCGAGCAUGAGCGAAGUUGUGCAGGCCUUGAAGCUUGUCUGCAGCGAGGGUGAUGAGGGUCUUGGUUCGGGAAGUUUCAGCCAGGAAUUGGCGGCUCGUACGACAGCGGCUUACGAUGUAACUGGCAUGGAAGCGGAGAGGGUGCUAUUAUCUGAGAUGUUUGGUUCAACGCCUGUCUUCACUCCAGCUGACGAUUCAGGUUCUUUCCGCAUGCAGUCCAGCUCUGGCCCCCUGAUGACAGGCAAGAACAAGAAGUUCUGGCAGAGGAUGCGAAACUUGUCGAGAGGUAGUAUGAGCGAGCAUGGCGCCUCGCCAGAUUUUGAGACACACUCACAGUGUAGCAAUAGGUGAGUUUUUCUUCUUCUGUCCAGCUUCCAGUCUCGACAUGGAUAUUCAGAUGACUGGACAUAAAGAGUUUGAAGACCUAGUUUGUGUACAUUAUGCAUGUGGAGAUAAAAGGCUAUAUAUAUAGUUCAGGAUUAUCAGAGUACCUGUACAAGAUCUGCUCAGAUUUGGCUCUACAUUUGGUUUGAUUUAACGGGUUCUGCCGUACUGCUAUGUGGCCAUACACAGAUACGCCUGCCUUCCGAUUUGUAAUGUUUCUCUUUUUUCGGCAUGUCAGUUUGAGUUAGUUUGUUUUCCCUUUUGUUUGGUUAGCUGUUUGGUAGGAAUUGUUAAUGUAUAGAUUUGGAGUUUCGGACUACAUUUUGCCAUGUGAAUUUCAGCUCCAUGCACGUACACUAGCAUUUGCUGCAAUGAAGAUGAUAGCUUGUCAGUGUUGUGAUUA